UGUAGGAUAUUUGUCAGUUGAAAAUUGUUCCAUAAUAAAAGAAAUGGGAAAAGUACGUGAUGAUAUCAAAAAAUUCCGGAAUAAUCAAGCAAAAUUCUUGAAAAACGAUAAAAUGUGUUUUCGAAGUCGAGUGGGUUGAACGCGUAAAUCAGCAUGUUGACUAUGCAAAACAUGAUGAGCGCCAUCUGGAUAAAAAGACAAAACUAACUUUUCGUUGUCUAUAUCUUCAUUUGUCUAUGCUCAGUAUAACAAAAUCUCUUCGUGUGACAACAACUGCGCUAUUAACAUUGCCCGCAAUGAGUAUAUACAACGAAGACGAAUUGACAGCUCCCGAAUGGAUAGAUCGGGAUUUUAUACAAAUGGUUUUGGCAAAAUACGAACAAGUUGCUGAUGUCGAGCUCAUUAGCUACGACAUGAGUCCGGCCUGUAUGAAGGGCGACCAUUAUGCCAGUAUUAUGUUUCGCUGCAAGGUGGAAUAUCGUUUGGGUGACAGCAUUGUAAAGAGAUCGCUGAUUAUGAAAACUCUUCCGGUGGAAGAGGAUAGCAAAAAACGAGAAUUUCUAAUGAAUUCAAAACUGUUCGAGACGGAAAUUAAAAUGUAUUGCGAAACACUACCGAAAUUUGAGAAAAUCUUGGCAGAAUGUGGUGAGCCCACCAAGUUAUCAGCUGGUCUAUUCUAUCACGCCUUGCAGCCCCAUAAAAUUCUCAUUAUGGAAGAUCUUUGUGAAUUGGGUUAUAGUACAGUGCGUGCCCGAUAUUUAACCGAACAUGAACUUAAGGUGGUCUAUACCAAAUUGGCCAAACUGCAUGCUGUCUCCUAUAUGUUGGGCCAAAACGAUGAGGAACUCGAAUCGGUGGCCCAAUUUCAAGAUGGAUUUUUGGCAACUAGUUUACCAGUGGUGAAAGACAUGAUGAUAAGUGGCAUGAAGAGUUUCUUGAAAAUGCUCUCAUCCCGCCAACAGUUUGCAAUCUAUGUUGACAAAGUCCAGGUGAUAUCAGAAGAAAUGCAACAGUCGUGUAAAGAUCUAUUCAAUGCUUAUAAAUUGAAUGGCAAUAAGGGGGAUAUAUUCGUUUUAAAUCAUGGAGAUUUCCAUAUGAGAAAUAUGAUGUUUAAAUUCAAUUCGGAGGAAAGUGCGGAAGAUAUGCUCAUGGUGGAUUAUCAGAUAAGUUGUUAUGCUCCCUCGUGCAUUGACCUGAUUUAUUCCCAAUUUAUAAUAAUGAGUCCCGCGAUGAGACUGCAGCGGCGUCAUGCUAUGGUGCGUUAUUAUUUCACGGAAUUUUUAAGGAUUUUGAAGAAACUGAAUUUCGAAGGAGAUUUGCCGAAGUAUUCUCUGUUUCAACAGUCUACACUGAAGUAUAGGCAUUUUGCCAUUUAUUGCCUGGGAGUAUUUCUACCCUUGGUCUUGGGCUUCUUAACCAAAACUGCUGAGGAACUGAAGGAUGUCAAUGCCGCUGAGGUGUCAGAAAAUCCCGAUUCCAAUUCCCAUUUGUAUUAUACUCCUGAAUUUAUUGCGGAAGUCGAAAACUUUAUGCCUUUGCUAUUGGAUGAGGGUUAUUUGGAUUAGUCUACAAAAAUGUUUAUCUAGUGUAUUUAUAAGAUUUAAGGUGGAGGGCUUUAAGAAAAUUGUAAAAAUUAUUUGGUUUAGAAAUUCUAUUUUCAAAACGUAUUUUUGAAAUUUAUUUUUAUAAUCCGCUAUUGAAAGUCACAAAAAAUAUAUUAAAAUGCCCUAAAGGUACUGGGAAUAUAACAUGUGAUUUCUCAAAUAAGCAUGUUGCAUACUUUUAGGCGGCAAGUUGUGAAAAUGCUUUAUUAUAAUUUGAAUUUCAACAACAAAAACUACCUCA